AUGGACAAACAUGAUCGCUUUAUCGGUGAGAUUUUUGCUUGUGAAAUCGUGUCCUUGAAAGACUACGACAUGUUUUGUUACGUUCUGUUUUUCGCUCACGAUUUCCAUAUUUCUUAUUUGUCUUCAUAAUCUUACAAAGCUUGGUCUUGUUUAUGUAACUACAGUGAAAACAUGUACUAAUCAUACGAUCUUAAAAUCUUGAUUGUUUUUUGGAUGCUUUUAAAGCUUUCGCUGUAUUAUCGUUAACACUAAUGUUAAUUUCUACUUCCCUCCAUCAGCCAUCAACCAAACGCUACCCGGGCUAGAAGACUUUCUGAAAGUGGUUCUGGGUAGCGAACCUUUGAGCGAAGAAGCGGAAAGACAACGAAUUGAAUUUCUUAGAAGGCUAGAAAGUGUUUCGAAGCCUCCUUCACUGCCGCCAAGACCUGCACAUUUGAGUGAGCGUUAUCGAGCGCGUGUCCAGCAAAAUGAACUCAACUAUUCCGGAAGCGCUCUACCCGCUGAGGAAAGCAACUUUUAUAAAAACGAAAAGACGUUAGAUCCCGUUGAAUUCGCUUCGCAGCAACGUGAAUUAUCAAGGGUUACGAAUUUAUACAAGACUUAUGCACCACAAACUGUUGUGUUGGGCGAGAAAGGAAGCAAAAAUGGUGGCUUGUAUUUUCCAAAAACAGGGAAUACAACGUUCUCCAGGGUAAGCUUUGUUUAAAAAAUUUCCUUCGAUAUUUUCUUAUUAUUCAGAGUAUUUCAUUCAAAAUGGACUCAAGUGAUGAUUUUAAAUCUACCUCACGUGUACGUGACUAAAUUUAGUAUUCAAAAGAAAGCCAUACCAGUAUGUGCUUUCAUGCAGCGAAAUGAGUCAUACGGUACACAAAAUUCGCCUAUACAGUAAGCUUCUUCUCUAGCUCGUGUAUUUUUAAUUAGAGACCCUGUUUACGGUGAGAAAUCUAUGGAAAUGUUCCACUAUAUGAGCAGUUUGCAGCAAUUUGACCUCUUGUGACAUAGCCUUUCGGCGUUGUAGCCGCUAGUGUUUGGAAUUUUGUUUGAUAAAGUUAUCGCGUGAACUUAAUCAUCCAUCGAUCGCCGACCGUUCAUUGCAGUUGUAGAUUUCAUUGCUGAUAAGGAACAAAGUCUUUAUGAGAGAUCUAUAAAGCGCCAUUUUGUCAUUCUCAGUUGAUUUUUUUGAAUGUAUUUUUAUGGUUUUUCUCUGCGAUGUUGAAUCACUAUUUAAACAAUUGCGUUGAAAAUAGCAUCUAGCUAGAUCCUUUCUUUAAAACGGACAAAAGAUCUUUUGUCCAAGAAACUAUCAAUAUGCUAAAUUUCAUUGUGUGCCGGUUGUUCAGCACAAUGUAUUAUUUGAACCUUGUACUGAUAAUUUUUGAUGAAAACUCGAUAUUAUUUUCAGCAGCACAUCGCAAACGCCUUCAAAAAUGCUGCAUUCAUCAUGAUUUUACAAUUAUGAAGGUUUCCUCAGAAUUAGCUUGUUUUUAUCUCAUCUAUUAAUAACUUGAUUAUCAAAAGUACAUUUUUUUUUCAGGAUCAUUUACUUUACUAGCAAUAAAUAAUCAUAUUUUUGAUGCACGUUUUUUAAACCUCUGUCUUAAAUUUGUGAGCAGUUAUCUUUUAAAUGCCAAGGUAUUUCCGCAACAAUAACAUCGUUUGAUUUGUUCAAUUUUGCAAAAUCGAUUUUAAAACAUCAAUUAGUGGCUUUUGAUUUCAGUUUUCAGUGUUUGAAAGGAACUGGGUGGUAAAAUAAGUUAACUGAAAACUUUCUUUUAGAAUCUCAAGGAUGUGUUAUCAAUGUCAAGAUCCUUAUGUACCAUCCUGUAAUACUAGAUUUGUUACAAGGAUUUUUUUGUUUUCACAGAUUAUUUCACAGAUUAUCUUAGGGAAUGUAAACUCAAAAUUACAGAAAAACGAAACAAAUUUCAUUUUGUUAUACUGGAAAACAAACGCUUCCAUACAAAAGUUCUGCUAAAGAGGUUUCAUUUGAAUCAUCACAAUCCAGGAUUUUGUCUGCAGACUCUGAUAGUAGAAUUCAUUACAUGUUGCAGCAUUUGAUUCAAGGAGUAGAAGCCAAAGGGGUUAAAUGGAACAGAUAAGCAGAUUAAAAAACUUCAAAGGUCUUUUUACAAAAGAGGUUCAAUAAGCUGUUCAGAUUAUCAAUCAAAUUUUGUUCCUGUUUUAGAUACCUUUAUCAUGGCUAGGCAAAGCAAUUGGUGUUUUUCAACUCAGUCAAUUUAUGGAUAGGCCUCCCUGAAGAGAAACUACAUGUAGAGCUGAUAAUUUGUGUCGUAGGUUGUCAUCUCGACAAAUCCAAGGUCUACAGCAAGUAAACAUCGGUUCUUGAAUCUCUAUAAAAAUCCAAUUCCUGUUCUAAACUCGACAAGCGCUGUAGUUGUUUCCAAAGGUGCCUAAUUUAUACCUAAUGUAUAUGUGUGUUACUUGAAAUCUUUCUUUGGUUUGAAAUUUGUUAUACCAGUUUAAAUGUUUGUAUUCAUUUGUAUCUGGUUGUGGUAUGAAAAUUUCGCUUGUUUAUAUAAAUAUAAACCUCAAAAUUAUCAUUGUACUUUUAUCUUAUGUUCAUGUGUGAAAACUAACACGACUUCAAAUUCUCUUUUGAUAAUUUUUAAGAGCCCCUUAAAAACGUUUGAAGUUUCUGGUUAGGAAUAUUAUUCAGUCAUGCAUAUUGGUAUGUAUUGUGUUUCAAGAGUUGGACAUUAGAGCGUCUCAAAUGUUUGCAAAUGUUUCCAUUCAACAACACUAUGCAAAUGUGAAGUCAAGUACUCAUUGUUGUCUCGUCAAGACUCAUCUGCAGUCCUUGUCUUUUCUGUAGACUUUUCACCCUGAUUUCAUAAACUGUGACACCUUAAACCAUUUACAUCCAGAAAAAAUUAAUUGUAACUUUAAAUAAUUUAGUCUACUCCACAUACUGCGAAGGUCAAUCUCUGAUUUGUAUGCAACAUUGCAUCUCUUAAGCUUUCUAUAAAAAGUAAAUUCAUCACAAGACGUAAUUUAUCAGUUGACUGCAAUUCAAUGUUCUUUUGUAAAACUUUCACCUGCGGUCAUUGUUGUUUACAUGUAAAUCUAGGCUGUGAACAUCAUAGAUUGUGCAUGUAGUAACCUGAAGUGACAGGGCAGAUUUACAUGAAGCAUUAUCCCAUUUUUGCAUCUUUAAUGAAAAUGACCUUCCUUUAAUACUAGCAUCACUUGCUCCUACUUUAAUCGACAUAGUCUAUUUAACUGUUUUGAAUCAAUUUGCAUUGUUGACCAGGGUUCUCUUAGCAAGGUCAUGCCUUGGGCAUUUAAACUGCAUACAACUAAGGGAGGCCUCAAUUAAACUCUUCUUUGUGUUAAUGUCAGACUUGGCUCUGCACUCCUAGAUUUGUAUCAAUCUGCAACUUUUUUUUCAGGGUCACAUCAGUGUUUAUAAAAUAAGGAUUUAAUCACUGUUUUUGACAGCCUUUCUUGCUAUUAUACCUACAUGUACAAUGUAAAAAACCUGAACUCUCUUCUACUGUGUAUAAGUUCAGCUUUUGGACUCUUACAAUACGUCACCAAUGAAUUGAAGAGAGUGCCAUACCGCAAGUAAAAAUGAUAACAAAACUUAUUUCAAUCAUCAAACUUUAGUAAUACCCUUAAGAGUUACAAAAACCGGUUUUUACGGUGAUAAAAUUUAUCAUAAACAUACAAAGGGAGUGCUUGGAGCUGCGAUUAUAGCAAUAUGCAUUUUUAAUAAUAAAUUUGGUCUGGCUACAUUUACAUGUAUGUCUGCUGAGAUUGGUAGUAAGAGCAAAUUACAGGAAUGUGAUUGUUGAGUAAGAAAGCGCUGGGCUGCUUCUGUGGCUGCAAAACUGACAUGUUCGCCUUAAAGUGAUAUGGGAGUGUCAACUUACUUUUGAGCUUUACUCAGCCAAGUCAGAAUGAGUCGGUAACCAGCAAUUUUGAUUUGCCAAUUCGAGUGAAAUAUUUGUUGCCUAUUCAACACUAAUAAUAAUAAUAUUAUAUGAAAUAUAUAUAAAUAAAAACCACACAAUGUUAGUCCUUUUCUGUCUGCUACUCUUGUUGUCUUGCCUAAUAUUGCAAAGCAUUUUGACUUGCCCGGGUCAGGGCUCAAAGUUUAAAUUUGAGUUUCGGAGCACUUGUGCUACCAGAUGUAAAUUUUUAGGCGCACUGCCGAAAUUUUAGGCUCACAGCUGAAAAUUUUAGGAGCGCAGCUUAUAAUGUUGGGAGCAUCUAUUUCAAAAGAAAAAGUAAAAAGCUUAACAGUGCCACGUUUAUUUGUCAUCUUCAGUUUGUUACUUUUACUUCAGUCCUGUGAUUGGCAAAACACAGCCGAUUUGCUACGCAGUAAUACUGUUGUGAUUUUUAAUACUAAUUUCUCUUUUUGACAGUACCGUUGUGACUAAAGAAAACUUACACUUGAAAAACAGUUCAAAACUGACAACAAUGAGUGAGUCGAACGAGAAUGAAAAUUAAUCUUUAAUGAAUUUGUUAAAUACGCAAUGACUUACAUGUAACUGGAAUACGACUUAAAAAACUUUCUUACCUGGAAAAAAAGGCUCUUAAUCCGCACUGUUUUUGUUUUGGUUGACGUUAAAACUGAACGUUCGACAUGAUCGUCCAUUUUGUAGCAUAUAUUUGCAUGUGUCAGUGGUGUUUAUUACAAAACAGAAGAGUCUGGGAUGGAGUAAAACAUCGAAACGAAAAAGAACAUUCGAGUUCGUAGAAUCCAUUGGGAGAAAAGACCAAUUAAAUAUACACCGUCUUUCUAGUUCGAGUUCGUAAGUAUAGUCGGAAGUAAGUCAGUAGCACUGUGCUUUGGGUUUUAUGGCAUACAGGUGCGAUUACACUUGAAUUUUUACGCACACAACCAAAAAUCCAGUCGCAUAUGCGACCAGUUAGUCGCUAACUUUGAGCCCUGCAGGUACAGUACACUUUCGUAGUAAACCUUUUCAGCUUCAUUAAUGUCGCAUGUCUAAUUAAAUAUGACUGACUGAUUCCUUUCCUCCUGUGAUCCGGGCUUUUUUCUUAGAGGCAGCACUAGACAUUGUUAGCACUUGUUUGUUCUGUCAGUGUGCAAAGAAAGUAGCGACUGAUAGCCCAGGGCUAGUGGAUUUUGUUAUCGGGCUAGUGAAUUUUGUUCUUAACUUACCGACGGGCAAGUAAAGUUUUUUGAGGAAUUCAAAUUACAGAAGAACUAUAAAUCAAUUCUGCUCAUCAAAACCUUUUGGGGACUAGUUGAAAUGUCAUUUGGGCUGGUAAAUGCUAGCUUCAGCUUGCCCAAAUAUCAAGCUGUAAAAAUGACUUUCUUUGCACCCUGUCUGUCAAGGGGAUUUAAAUUAUUAUUUUUUUAAUUUCUGUAGAGUUUAGUGCCUGCAAUUUCAAUAAGAACCUUACAGUUGUGGAUAUACAGUACAUAAUUUUAUAUUGUGGGUUCAAAUUAAAUUCAGGUUAAGAUAUUCAAAUAUAGGUUCAUUCUCAAUCUCCUUUGUCUCUUAAUCCCUUUAGGCCCAAUAUCAACAUGUACGUGUAUGUAUAUUCUCCUGACUGCCCUCUAUAUGUUUUUUAUUGCACUGCUUGAGAGAAUUAGGUGAACAAACAUCAAGACAUUUCGUCAGUGCAAUGCUCCCUGCUGCAACCAUUUUGGUCACCAUAGAGAGUAGAAGAAUUGUCGUGAAAGUUGCCGAUUUGGUGACCUAUGUUCAGCGAUCACGUGCCUAGCUAUUCCCAAGAAUUUCCUGAGAUUUUGUGUGAUGUUUUUUACUAGUAGUUAGCGUUUAUGGUGUUUUUAAGCGACACUGUAAAGUGAGGUGAAAAUUUGUAUUAAAUAUCAUUCAUUAGCGUACAAAGAAAGUAGUGUCCGAUAGCCCGGGGCUAGUGGAUUUUGCUAUCGGGCUAGUGAAUUCUGUUAUUAACUUGCCAGACAGGCAAGUGAAGUUUUUUGAGGAAUUCAAAUUACAGAAGAACUGUGAAAUCCAUCUGCUCAUCAAAACGUUUUUGGGGCUAGUUGAAAUAAUGUUUGGGCUAGUAAAUGUUAGCUUUAGCUUGCCCGAAUGGCAAGCAGAAAUGACUUUCUUUGCACCCUGUUUAUGCUCUGUUUUCUUGAUAAUUUGCCUGAUUUCACCCUGCUUCUCUGGGAUUUAAGCCUUGAGAUGUCAUGUGCACGUCCAAUUUAGAUUAUGAUGGUUAGGCAGCCAUUCUGAUUCUUUCAAGUGUUCAUCUAGUAUUGCACAAAGUGUCCCUUUUUUCUGGGGACUGAUAUUUUUUGUCUGGUGACCAUUAUAUAAUUUUAGGUUGCCAAAAGUACUUUGAAAAAAGUUGAGCUUGGAGCACUGCAGUGCUGAUCAUUCCAUUCAUUCUCUUGGCCUGUAUGUUUUAUCUGGAAGUGAUAUUGUUGGGAGAAAUUUUAUGGUGAUCAAUACUGGGACUUAGAGGGCUAAACCUAAUUCACAAAUAAUUAGGCUCUGAUAACAGGGUUCCUACAGGUCACGGAAAACCUGGAAAGUCAUGGAAUUUAAUUGUUGAUCCUGGAAAGUAAUGGAAAAUUAAAGUUUUGUUUGUUAGAUAAGUUACUGCAGAUGACAAGGCAAUGACAAUGUAAGAUAAAGAGGAGUACAUUUAAUUAACCAGUGCAUAUGGCACACAUUGUGGUGGACACCAGAGUUUGUGUCUGUUGAACUGUUUAAGGUCAUGGAAAAGUCAUGAAAUUUGAAGACCUCAAAAGAGUACUAACCCUGUGAUAAGCACCCUCCCCCAAAUAAGCACCCACCCCCAAGACCAUAAUAUCAAAUAAGUGUCGCCAUCAAAUAAGCACCCCUCCCCUCCCCCUCACUUUCUUAAAUGGGGGGGAUACAAGGAAAACCAGCUUCUAUUGCCACUGUAUGUUAAAUUUUCAGGCUUCUACUACAGUGGAAUCAGUAAAGGAGAAUAGUUUCUUUCCCGUUAAGUCACUUACAAUUAUUUCUGUAUCCAUGUGCUUGCAGAGUUCCUUUAUGUGCGUUAUCUCUUCUUUUAAAUUUUGUCGUUUUUCCUCGCUCUUGGUAAGUGCCAUAAACUCCCCAACAACAACUAGAUCAUUCUCUAGUUGCUUUAAAGCACCCUCAUUCGAAUAAGCACCCAUCCUUUCAGCUGAAUUUGAAAGAAGCGCCUGAGCACUUAUUCAAAGAAAUGUAGUAAACCCUUCUCCUGUAAUGUGCAGUUUUUAACUGUAAAGUUUAACUUUUCCAGGACAAUCUCAGAGACUCCAUCCAGAGUACAAGCAGUGCUGAAGAUGACAUCUAUGAACAUUUAAAAAGUAUUUCUCCUAAUCAACCAAUCACUCCACUUGAAGCAAUCCCUGACUCUAAAAAUGAUGAUACAUUCGUAUAUCCAAGCCCUCCCAAGACUCCACAAGAACACACUGGGACUGGAAUUUAUGUGGGAGCUCGGCCCGGCAGCUUCAGGGCGUCCGCCGGGAAGGGAAAGAUCUCGACCGGAUGGUAAGGACAUAGAUUGUAACUUUUAAUAGCAAGUUAUACUUGAAUUAACUUCAUCUGGUUGCAAAGUUUGAAGGAAAAAUGGAAACUUCAUUAAAAAUCAUGCAAUUACAUGUACCUUUUAAAAGAGAAAUUUACAAUCAAAUUUAGAACAAACCUCUUCAUAGCGAAGAAAUUAUGCCCUUUGACCUUCGUUAUAUCCAGGUUCCACUGUGCACGCACUAAUAUUUACUCUAACUAGGAUUGUGUCUUGAAUGGUAGCAGAAGUGCUUAAAAAUCCUUUAUUAACAAAAGUUGCUAUGCCCGUAAGCACAAAGGUUGUAAUAACAUUGAAAGUUCUGAUCAUCAUUUCUGCCUAAGUUGAGAACUUUGUUUUGAAGUACAAAGAUUUAACCUGUGGGCGAACAUACUAAAAGUUGCGUAAGAUCCAUAUUAAAACAGUAAUAUUGUAAGGAGAAAUGAGAUGCUGAUCAUGAAAAAAGAUUGAUUAGUAGGCUUUACUAAACUGUUGCAGCUAUUAACUUUAUACUUUUGGUAACCUUCAAUAGAAAAGAAGUUGCUAUAAAUUACAGACACAUUCAAACCUCUAUUAAGUGACAGACAAAAUUGUGUGUAAGUCACUAGAACGUCUAUAAGUGGCUAUUUUCCUUCCCUGAAGAAGGAAAGUUGAUUUUAAUUUUUGCUACAUUGUACAUGCAGGAGGCACUUAACUCUCUCCAUAACCGAAAAUAAUUAUUUCCACAGGUUUAAAAAGGAAACCAAAGUUUAUGAAGAAGUUUACGUGUCAAACUUACGAGAACCCAUCAUCAAAGGCUACCUGAGAGACAUCAAGACAAACAAACGUCGCUGGUGCGUCUUACAAGGUAACCGCCUCCACAUCUUCAAAACACAAGAUGAUCCAGCGAUGAUGAUUAUCGACCUGCUUGGUUGUGAUAUCGGUGUAGAUGACAAGAAGAAGAUAAGUUACAGCUUUAGGCUGACGCCUAAAGAGGGACCGGGUGUGUCUCUUGCUAUAGAGGACGGCCAAGAUCUAUCACCGUGGAUGAGUGCAAUCAUGGCCGCUGUCGUGAGGCGUAGCAGCGUUGAUCGUCCAAUUAGUCCUCUUGAGAGUGCAUAUUCUUUGGAACAGGCCAGAGCUGAGAAAGCAGCUUGCGGCUUUGAAGUUGAUGGUGGAAUAGAAAUGGAAGAAGCUGAUGUGGAAAAUAUCUAUGAAGAGCCUGUUGAUCAAGACACGGUAAAUUGUUUACAGAACCAUUUCGUUUUCUUUGUUGUUGGCGAAAAAUCUUUACAUUCAAAAUAAGUUAUAUUGCGCUAAAUAUUAAAUACUCCCCAGUCCUUAGCGAAUCAAGAACAUUUUGGCACUAUGAAAUGUCACACUGAACUUCGGGAGAAAAUUUAACACAUGAAAGAUAAUCGCAGUUAUGGGUCUGAAUCGCAUCCAAUCCUGAUUUUUUUCCCCCAAGCUUUCUUUCCGUAACUGCUUAAUUCGCCUACGUAACUCCGAUGAUCUUAGACGUGCUAAAAUGGUUUAAUUGUUGCAGAUAAGUCUUUGGUUUUCUCCUCCGUAUUUCUUGUCAGUGUGCUUAAAGACAAAAAAACAGAGUUAAUGUUAAAACUUUCUGUUCCUGUCAUUUUUGGGCAGAAUUUGGGUCUUAAUUUUUAUCAUUCGCAUCGAUAUUUGCUGUGCGAACCCCUUAGCCUUCGACCAAGCUCUCCAUUUGAAGGACAUUGUAAGAAGUCACGCGCGAGCAGCACUCGAGAGCUAGGGUGGCUUUGCCUUGCUGUUCACUCGCGCGCGCUCUCGCAGAUCGCUUCGCGCGCCACUCGCGAUGAAGAGAGUUUUUUGUCAAGUUUUCCUGAUUUAAAUUUAUGUGUUACUUAUGAUAUAUAUAAUAACGUGUUUUAAAAAAAAUACUGUUUGCAGAUGUCAAGCAAUAUACUGGCGGAGGCUGACACGCUAUUUGAUUUUUUUUAAAAAAAAAAAGCUAAAACGUGUCUUCGCAUCUGUUAAUUCGAAAACGAAUGCGCCAGUUUUGCUAUAAAAGACUAUAUUCAGGCUUUGAAACCGUUUAAACCCGUCGUCUGUUGGUGCGGUUGGCAAGGAUGGACAGGGAUUGCAACUUGGAAAAGUUGGGUCAACAUUUUCAAAUUUUAAUGCUAUAUUUACAGUUCACCAAAAAGUACAUCACGGUUUGUCAUAACUCUACAGGAGCAUUUUAUGUAUGGCUAAACGUACUGAGUAAUGGCUUCAACCAGUGCUUCAGAUCAUAAUUGACCAAAAACAGCAGUGCUCCAAGCUCACCUUUUUCAAAAGUCGCUGUUUGGUGACUCAAAAUCAUAAAACGAAUGAAAACGAACACUGUGCAAUAUUACAUGAAGGUUUGAAAUAUUUAAAAUGGCUGCCUAACCACUACAAUCGAAUUUAUGGUUUCACGCGACAUCUCAAGGCUUGAUACCCAGAGAACCAGGGUAAAAUAGGCGAUUUAUAAAUUGAAAACAGGGCGCAAAUGAUAUCUGCUGCAAAUGUGUAUCUCACUUUAAUUAAAUACGUGCCUCGCCAAACCACGCGAAUUUCGUGGAAAUAAGGCCACUAUGGCUCGACACAAGCUCACUGAAAACAGGUCGCCAAAUUGGCGACCAAAACGGUCGCGGCUUGGAGCGCUGCCGUUAGUCCUUCUAAUUAUUUUUGUUAUACUUUGUUUUUGUCAGGGUGGGACUGUUACUCCGAUUGCAUUCAGUAUUCCUACAGAAAUCAUUUUAUCUGAUGACGAAGAUGACGACGAAGGCUACGAUGCUCCCCUCCCACCCCUCCCUAUCAUCGAUGACUACUCAUCUUCAGAAAGCAGUUCAGAUGAAGAUGAAAGCAUAGACAAGAAAGGACCCAUUGAAAAAGCGGCGGCGAAAAAGAAAAUAUACGAUGCAAUUCCGGCUGAUCUGCUAGCGGAACUCAGUGGGGUUAAGUACAGUGUAGUCUCUGCAACAAACAAAAGCCAAGAUUCGAUUUGCGAAGAAGCAUCUACUACUGAACAUUCGCUAGACUUGACAGAUAGUCAUAGUGAACAUAGUGGGAAUAUUAGCAACAGGCACAGCUACAGCGAGCCUCUCGCCAGCGAUGAUACUGGCAGUUCCGAGCCUAAAGAGGACAAGGCAGAUAGUUUAUCUCGGAAGAGAUCAUCUACAACGCUAAGUGCCAGCAUGGACUCGAUCUGCUCGGACACAGACGAAAAAACAAGAAGCCGUUCUCUGACGAGUGUAUCUUCAAAAGUGUUAGGUCCAAAGACUAAAAGACGAAAGCUUGUACCCGCUGAAGCGGAGCAACACUUUCUUCAAGAUCCAACUGCUAUGCACAGUGGCAUUUUGUAUCAGAAGCGAAGAUUAGGAGUCUGGUCGAAACGUUACUGUAAGAUCAUCAACAGCAGAUUUAAGUGUUAUCGGUGAGAAAUCAUGUUUUUUUAUAUAUUUAUAUAUAUUUCCGUAGCCUGCGAAUACAGUCGCUUUUCAUUGCUAGCCUCAACCUUUUUAGGGAAGUUUCCGCCGAGACAUUAGGGAGCUUUAACAACGACGACGGCGACGGCAACCAGGACGUCAAAAAAGUAAUAGGUUUAUUACGCAAAACAACAACUUUGCACGUGUAUCACGCUUUUUUUGUACAUUUCUUUACCGUCCUUGCACGACUACGACGUGAAAAUGCCUAAUUGCAAGUUUUGUGGAGGACGUAAACAAGCGACGACUCAACUCUAGGGAAAUUCGUCUACACUUGCCAUUUUCAGCAAACUGGAAUAAACGCUACAAAGAUUGAAAAAACCGGGAAUUCAUUUUAAAACUGACGUUUUCGCUGCCGUUGCCGUCGUCGAUGCUAAAGCUCCCCAAUUUCCAAUCUCUUAGGGAGCGGUGCGAUAAGUGCUAAAUCGGAAAACAGCAUAACCGGUUUAGGGAUUCUAUUCUCCGAUUUAGCACUACAUAUCUCCUCCAAUUUUACAAUUCUGUGAUUAAGAAAACUUGUACUGAUUGAAGACAACUCUCCGAUUCCACGAUUCUUCCUAUUUUUCCAGUUCUACCACAGUAUUCUACAACUGUAGUGUGCUUUUGUCCGAUUUCACCCAAAUGGCUAAGUAAUAAGUCUCCGAUUGUACGAUUCUUCAGAUUUUUUCCGGACCGAUUCUACUAUUCCACGACUGUAGUUUGCCAUUGUCCGAUUUUACACAAAUCGUAACAAAUCUCCGAUUGUAUUGUACGAUUCUCCGAUUUUUUCCUAAAACGCGCUUCUUUCGCUUCAUGACUUACAGAACGAGGAACAAUACAUGUAAUACGCGCCUGUUUCGUUUUUUGGAAACAAUCGAGCAAAUAUCGGGGAAUCGUAAAACGAAACUCGAGAAUGGAGAUAAUCGUAGAAUCGGAACUGAAUCAUGGAUCAUAACUCUUAUUAUACUAUUCUUCGAUUUAGUACUUACCUCACUAUUCUGGAAAUCUCCCAUAACCAACUGCUCCAGCGCCGGAAGCGAUGGACUGUAUUUGCAAGCUACGUUUUAGCUUGCCUGCUAAUUAGUAAAGACUGUCUCUUUCAGUUUAGUAUUUUAGCAGAAACUCAUAAGGGGUUUCUGAUUUUAGUCAACCGAAUUCGCUUGUAUCGUUUAGUCGUUUUACUUGAUAUUAGAGAGCUUUAGAUUCUAAGACGAGAACGACUACGAGUACGAGAUUUUCUCAAUGCUAAGUACUGCUCGCGCGUGAGGCAGCGUCAUUUUGGCGGGAAAACGUGGUAGCCGUCGUCAUUCUACUACGAGUUUUAACAAGAGUGUCGUAGCGGCGGGAACAAGGUAUCAAAUGUUAGAAGUUUUAGCAUUUUGGAAUCGGGAAAGAGCUCAACCUCCUUCAAUAACGAUAACAGUUCUAACUUUUCUGGUGAAAAAAAGUACAAUGAAGAAUUCCGGGAUGUCUAUUUUUUGCGAAUACGCGAAAAAACUUUGAAUCAAAUCUCGUAGUCGUAGUGAUUCUCGUCCUCGAAUCUAAAGGUCUCUAAUUACUCAUGAAAAUGUUUUGUUAAACCAAACCCUCAUCAAGGCGUGAAGUUUUUUCUCCGGCUUGUCCUUACUGUCAUCAUGAUUUUACAGUCAAGACUGAAGUUUAUUAUUUGUGUUCAGUUGCAUUAGUGACAUUUUUUUUGUCGGCGAUUCCACGUGAAUAGCUUGACACCUUUCUUUCGCUUUCUCGAUUUUUGCGUACUCGAGAAAGACUCUACAUAAAUCGAGUAAGAUCGUUGUUGAGCAUGCGCUACAUGUUGCUAGGAUAUAGUUUCGAACCCAGGCCUUAUACUAAUAGCCAUGCGCUUGGUACAGCGGGCUCGGUUAUGACCAUCGGUUUAUCAAUAAACGGAUGCUCGCACUCGAAAAACCAGUUUGACGAGAAAGAACUAGAUUGACUAGUCCAGAAGUUUGGGCUGCGGCGACUUCAAAGGUUUGACGUGAUUCGGGGAAGUUCUCCUUUUCAGUCAAAAAGACAAUCAGAGACCUUUAGAUUCGAGGACGAGGACGACUACGAGUACGAGAUUUGACUUAAAGCUUUUUCGCUUAUUCGCAAAAUAUAGACUCCCCGGAAAGCUUCAUUUUACUAUAUUUCACUUGAAAAGUUAGCACUCUUAUCUUUAGUGAAGGAGGUUACGCCUUCUCCCUAUGGCAAAAUGAUAAAACUUCUAACAUUUGAUAUCUUGUUUUCGCCACCACGGCAUUCUCGAGAAAACUCGUAGUAAAAUGACGACGGCUACCACAUUUUCCCGCCAAAAUGACGCUGGUUCACGCGCGAGCACUACUUAGUAUUGAGAAAAUCUCGUAGUCGUAGUCGUACUCGUCUUAGAAUCUAAAGCUCUCUAAUGGAGGCUCUCCACGCAAGGUGAUAGCUUGUCUUUUUUUGUUAGAAACCCAACCGACCACAAACCAUCACUAGACUUCCCAAUCCUUGGUUACGACAUCAGUUUAAUGGACAGCAAAGAUUCUAGGAAGAGUUACUGCAUCAAAAUCUCCCACCCAAGCCAGGAUACUUACUUCUUCGCUACAGACUCCCGUAUCUCGAUCGAGCGGUGGAUAGAAGUGUUGUCCUUGGCUGCCACAGGGAGGUUAGAUGUCAUCGCACCUUAUCCUCCGUACUUCUGUGCCGAGCAGUCUGGAGAUGAGCUGAAGAGCAGAUCGCGGGAGUCGUUGUUAAGCUGUGAGGUAAGACUGGUACUAAUUUGGCUGUGUAGCCGUCGCAUACAGCCGUCUCUCCCCUCCCCCACCCCCCACCUCCAUCACUGCCGUACCCUCCCCCCGCAGAGAAAACGGAAGGAGGGUACGACUGUACUUUUUGCGGGAGAGACGUCUGCGAUUUGGCCCCAAAAAAUUCCAUGCUCUGUCCGUAUAUCUCAGUGCCAAUAGGCAUCCAGUUUUACAGAUGUGACUUGAGGGGCAUGAAAAGACGCUGUAGAAAACCAAAGCACACGAAAGAGCAGAAUAUUUACAGCUGGAAUGAUUCAACCGGCUCCUUUUUGUCGACAAUUGAGAAAAUUGUGAAUUUAAAAUUUUAUAAACAUAGCGUUCGUUUACUCAGAGCUGAUUUGGACCCACGGACUGAAGUGAGUCCCAGCGUUGACCAGAAGAGGCAUCUGAAUUAUGUUCCACUGGCUCCACGACUCAGAGGCCGGAUCAGACUGACAUUAUUUUUUGGACUUCAACAGUUUUUUAACUUUUGAAGUGAUAUGUUUUGGUUAUUUUCGUACUUAAACAGGAUAGGCUGUCUGAUGAUGAGAGCGCGGACAAUCUGGACGAGAUGGAUGGUGGUGAAAGAGAAAGCACCUUGGGAAGACCAGAGCCAAUGAAUGAAGAACAAAGCGAUUUACCAGCUGAUGAAAAUACUACGAUUCUACCAGAAGAUACAAGGCUUGUGUUAGUGUCUCCCAACGGAUAUUUAGGCAGAUAUGCGAAUGUAGCUUGCUCCUCACGCAGGCCCCAGUUGUUCAAACGUUGGAUAGCUCUAUCCACGGAUAAAUCGCUGUCCAGCGGAUAAGUAUGAGGGAAAUCAAUUGCACUAUCCACUGGACAGAGAUUUAUCUAGGAGACAGCGUUAUCCACCUUUCGAACAACAGGGCCCUAGGCGUAGUUUGCAGCCAAACGACCGCUCACUGUUUGUUACUGGUAUCCGCCAUCUUUGAUUUUGAAACCAGGGGAGACUUGGGAGUGUUGAAAGUGCUAUCGGGAUCCAGGGGGUGGGUGUAAGCUCUCCCCUACCCUCUCCCUGUGACCUUUGACUCACCUUCUGGUGUUUGGGAAACCAACAGUAAGGGUGUAUAUACCAUGCUCGACAAAGUCCUAGCUCAGCCCAAGUUAAGACCCACAUUGCAGGGGGUCAGCAUUACAUCCCAUCGGCCUAAACCGCUUGGACACCUUUUGAAGUUUGCACAACCAGCCUAGUAUUCUUUAUUGUUUCUACACUACACGUAGAUGAAAUUUAAAGUUUCUUGACGUUUCUGCUCAGGAAGUGUUCAUGAAAGUGUAAGUCUCUUCAAUUUUUAAGGAAAAAAUUCAGAAGAGCGAGAAUAAGAGUCGAACCCGUGGCGUAGCGUCUGCAGUCCAUCACCUAUACCACUAUGCUACUGAGGAUUUGCCGGCGAUCGUUGGUUUGAUUUGAAGCUGUGUAGCAACAACCCUAACCCUAAAUAGAAGCUAACCGUUUGGAGUCAGUGCUUAACCCUAACAACUAUUUUCAGUGUUUAACCCUAAUCACUUUAGUCCUGUGCUCGAAACCCAAGUGAUAAGGAAGACUAGGUUGUGUAAACUUCAUAAGGUGUCCAAGGGGGUUUCGGCCGAUGUGAUCCAAUAUUAACCAUUGCAGGCUGAUGCUGAUUUAGGUUUCUGGGAAAGUGGCUAUCUACCCCUCCCUUAGCCAACAUUAACAAUUACUUCUCACCAAGGGCAAAAUUUUACUUUAGGGAAGGAGUAAGUGGGCAGUUUCCCCUAGAAACCUAAAUUGAUCAGAUACAAAUGCACUCAUCAUCAUCUUUAACUACGAAAAUCCUCUCUACAUUUCUUUCUUCAUUCCGCGGUUCAAAUAUAUCGAAUUCAUAUAUUCAUCAUCGCACUGUUCUUUGUUGGUUGAAAUCAUGCGGCAUUAUUUAGCACAAAAUGCAAGAUGUCGUUGGGGUUUUUGAGAAGGCGCAAACGUCGGAGCCAGCACGUUUUGAUAUUUCUACCCUAAAAGCAAAAUUAAUACCGCCAAACAAGCCUUAUUCAACUUUAACUUUGCGACGAGUCAUAAAGUUCAACUGGACGGGACGGGAGGUGUAACACUUUGACGAAGGAAGGGGAGGCCCCGGAGGGCUAACACUUUGACGAUUUUAAUGUCAGGAAAUUGGAACAUUUCACUGAGUUGCAAACUCAGACGGCAGAGCCUGAGGAAGAUCACUCCACUGAAGUUCAGCAGUCUGCAGAGGAAGGAGUUAAAGAGAGAGUGCAGAAGAAAAGAAAAGAAAAACCAAGCGAUAAGGAUGGAACAAGUAAGUACAGCAUGCUCUGGAUUCCAAAAUAAUUACUAAACUAAUUUAAAACUAUUAUUCCACGGGUGCGCGUUAGAUAUGAGAGGGUAGAUAGCGCUCCGAGUUGGCUAUCUACCAUCUCAUACCCAGUAAGUGCGGGUGGAAUAAUUGUUUUAUUGAAAAAGCCCACCCCACAAAAUAUCAAGAAUUCUUGUCGACUUCAUUUGUAAAACAACCGAUUUCAGCUUGUUUUUAAUUUCGAGCAUUCGCUUACAGUUACCAUAUUUGGUAAUGGCUCAUAUAUCAUGAUGUCUAAGCCGAUCAGAGCUCUAGAAUUGCAUUAUCCAAUGAUACAGUUUUUUAUAAUUAAAUUUAGAUGGGCGACAUGCACUUGAUUCUGCUGGAAGCUCUCGUAAGCGAGCACCCUUGGGACGCGAGAAAGGUGUCCUUUAUUGGAGCUGGCCGGUUACUGGAAUGGUUCUCGUAAGUGGCCACGAGAGGUGUAGGGGUUGAAUGGCCGCUUACAGGAGCUUGCCCAACUACAAAGAAAAUUGUAAACGCAAAAAAAACUGCCUGUUGGUUUUUGGCUAUACUGUUGUUCUGUCGAUGUUGUAAUUGAGUCACAAGCUUAAAUUUCGAGUGGUGUUUUGAAGUGUGACCGGACGUGUAUGUGAAACUGAUAUAAAUUCCUUGUGACGAACAGCGACGUGAAGUUGAUACAUAAAAAUACAAGAUUUAGAGGCGAAUGAGAUUUCUUUUCAGGUUUCCGCUUGCUGGAACUUAAUAAAAACAAAGCUAAACUCUAACUCGCAAAAGUUUAAAGUGUCCGCGGCCGUCUACGAGAAUUGUUCGCUUACGAGAAUGUAAAAAUACACAGUUUGUAUGGAGUUGACUAAAACAGGGUUUUGUGAACACGGCCGUAAGUAGAGUUGUCCGAAAGUUUUACGAGAGUGUCUGUUAAGAGAGUUUCCACUGUAUUGCAACCAAAUGAAGUUCUUAACAAGAAUUCUGAUCGUGAGUGGCGGGAGUACUCCCUCCCCCCUCCCCAUCUGUUUACAAUUACACUAAGAAAACCAAGCAAAUUUCCAAAAUCAGAAUAACGUUCUCUUUGAAAUUGCCGCCGGUCUACCUUAUAGGCGAAUCUUUGUUGACAAUUCUUGCUGUAUGUACUCACUCUUUUCAUUCUCUGAUCAAGCUAUUAAGUUGCAUCUCUGAAUAUUACCGGAGCAUAACCGUGUUAUUUAUCUCUGAAAAUUCGAGCCCAAAAUACCGAACAGUUUCGGAGAAAUUGUCUUUUAAAAACUCUAAAUCAGAUUAGAAAGAAUGUAUGGGCUCAUUAACAUUUUUGCCAUCCAGAAAUUUCACAGUCUUCAAUGGUUGCUAUACUUUGUUUUUUGAGAGAGAGUUGACUGGAUUUCAAACUCAACGAAGCAAAGUUGUUCCGUGACUGAUGGAAAACAAUUAAUUUUCUGCGGUUUCUGCCGUGUUGAUAUCUUGUUUAAUCAACGCAAAGAACGUUCCAUACAUAUUUGUGGUGUUUGUAACGGUGCUUUCCGAAAUCUAGAACUUUCCCGGCAACUCAAGCGAUGAUGAUGAAAAUCACAAAGGCUUAUUUCGAGAGUGCAUGAAAGAAACCCAUCACUUUCUUGCAAACUAAUUUACCAAUUAGUCUACGAGUCGAGUUUUUUAUGAGUCAAACAGUCGACGAGACGUGACGCGUUGACUCUUUAAGGGGCUAUGUCGCGUUAAUCCCGGAUCAGACGCCGCUCCCAUCAUGUGCCAAACCUAACUGAUGAAUUAAGAACGGCAAACGAGCGGCGUCUGAAUCAAUUUGGUACGGCAGUUUUAGUUAGGUGCGGCAAGAGUUCGACAGAGUCUUUCCAACUUUUGUCGACCUUAACUUAGGCUCGACACACGGUGCGCCGUCUCAAUCAGUUAGGUUCGGCACAUGAAAAGUACGGCGUCUGAACCAGGCCUUAUAUUUGCUAUCUUUUCAAAACGCUAAGACUUGCGUUCGCAUAAAUUGAAUUCCAAAACUAAUGGCCCAGUUUUGUAAUUCGAGACUAUAGUUAGGCAUUGAAACUAUUUCUUGUCUUCUGUUGCUCCGGAUGGCAAGGGUGGGCAUGGAGUGAAGCUUGAAAAAAUGCUGUGCCUGCAAAAAUCACAAAAAAAUGAUUAUGUUUAGUGUUCCCUGGUGAAAUUUGUUUUAUAUCUUCUUUAGAACUCUAUACACAGGUACCCCAAGUUCACGAGUGAGAAUCGUUAUUGCGUAACAGAAAUAUUAUAAGGGUUUGUAUGGGGAUUUAAGCGAUCAUUAUUAAGGGGUCAAAAAUAGUAAUAAAAGUAUAUCAACAUUUCUUACCUUGUCUCCUUGUCUAAAUUUAUGGUAUUUUUUCAGCAUUUUUGGACCGUUUCAGGGCGAUUCCAGCGAAUUUUAUUUCUGCUGUUGUUUGGGAAUUAUUUAUACAACGAACAACGGUAGAACUAAAACUUGCUGGUAUCGCCCAAAAACGAGAAAAAACCAUGAAUUUAGACAAGGAGACAAGGUAAGAAAUUCUGGUGUAUUUUGAUUACUAUUUUUGGCCCCUAAAUAAUGAUCGCUUUAAUCUCCAUACGAACUCUUGUAAUAUUUAUGUUACGCAACAACGAUUCUCACUCGUGAGCUUGGGGUACCUAUGCUCUACAGGAGCAUUUUGUGAAUGUUUAAAAGCACUAAGUAACAACUUCAGCACAGAAUUGGCCUGAAACAGCGAUAUCCUCGUGAGAUAACCCCUUUAAAAAGAGAACAACUAGGAUGUGACUAAAAAAUUAUGUAUUUGAGUGUGGUCGCUUACGGAAGGUUCGCCUGUCUUUUUCUUCUUGCCCCUGCAGAAACGCCAUCCACAAUGAGCCCGCCCCACAGCAUGUUUAUCAGUGAGGCUGUUGAUGGGCAGGCUAAACCUGAACCAAUGAUUGAAGAUUCCAUGUCGCAACCUCCAAGCAACGCGAAGGUUAGUCAAUGCUUUUAGUUCUAUCUUACACAUACUUGAAUUUAAGUCUACUUCUGCAGUCAAUCUCUAUUAACCCCGAAGAAUGAUCAUCCUCAAAUUUGUCCUUGUAAUAUGUAUUGUUUACAAAACAGAUCGGUGUUGAAAAUCAAGGACAUAAUGGCACCCAAUAAAUCUAAUGGAUACUUCAACAAAUUCUCCCCAGUAAUUCCGUAGGAAACGUAUUGGGACAACAAAUGAGAAUCUGAAUUUUGAUGUUAUUGUGUAAUUUAAAAGGGGUUAAAGGCCUUCUUUCCUUUGGAGAGGCUGGGCAAGUUCAUUAAGAGGAAGGGAAAGCAGUUGAAAAAGGAUCCUUUUAGAGAAAUCGUCCGCUGUGCCAUCACUAACCGAAAGGUGUUGUGUGGUGUUUUGUUUUGUUUUCGUAAUUGUUGUGUUUUUUAAUACAUCCUUGCAAUAAAUCAGCUAGAUGCAUUUUAUUAGUACCAUAUUUUGAAUUUUUUUUCGAGGAAACACGGUAGCAGCCACCAGACGUAUAAUUUUCACAACCACUGUUUUUUGCAAAACUUUUUCAUUUAGAUAUUAUAGGCAAUUCCUUAACGUUUUUUAUUUAAGAUUUUUCACCCUUGUCGCUUAAAAGUUGGACCUUUAUUACCGGGUUUUAAUUAGUCAUAUCCCCAUUUGUAUUUUUACAGGAAAGCGCUGAGGAUUCGACAGCAAAAAAGGACAGGCGUUGGACAGAGAAUCUGAAAAAGAAGAAGUUAACACGCGGCAAUUCCUACGAUUACAGAUUACGGGGAAAUAUCGCAGCUGCCGCCCCUCCGGAGAACGCUAAAAACAAACAUUUCAGUAUGAGAAGAAAAAAUUCACAGACUUUCAGUUCUUUGUUGAAAUUAUUUGACAAAGGUCGUUUUUGUGGGUAUCUCACGGAAGUGAGGCACAACAAGUUUGGUACAACUCAUCUACGAAGAUGGUGCGCAGUAAAGAACGGUGUGCUGAUUAUGUACAACAGCGAGAGUGAAGAGACACCUCAAGGAAAGCUCUCGCUUGUUGACAUGUGGCUAACGGAUAAAAGCGACGAGAGCCGAAACAAGUUCGCCUUUUCGUUGGAAGACAAGGACGGUAACGCCACCGUGUUGCAAACGACGGUACGAGACGAUUACUUAAAAUGGAUGGGAGUGCUGGAGUUGUUCACUGAACUGCGGGUUGAACGACCUACGCAAGAAGUCGCAGAACCGCUCAGAAAAACAGAUUCUGUGACAAGCGAGGAAAGCGAUGGGUCGUUCGAACGAGGAACGCUAAAAUCGAAAAGUAUGCGGGCUGCAAAUAAACUCAUCGACGAGAUAUACGCGCUUGCGCCCGGGAAAGUACGAUCCUCUUUGAGGCUGAAGUUGCCACAGAGAGUAAAUGUACGGGAUAUAUUUCGAAAAACGCACAGUUCGUACGAUUUAGAAGGUGCAUCGACUGAAGGACCAUCCUCGUCGCUGCCGGACACAGAAAUUGAUACUUUAGCAGUGUUCGGUGGAUUCUUGACUCAGAUAGAACCAGAUGUAUCCGAUUCUCACACCGGAAGCUCAAGGUGGUGUACAAUCAAAGAAAAAGAACUGUUAGUUUUUCUCAACCGCAAAGCGACCGAUCCGGUUCAAAAAAUACCUCUGAUGAACUCGUUUGUUAGUGAUUUGAACGAGGAUGAAGAUAACUUGAACAGAUUCCAAAUUCGUUGUGGCAAGCUGAGCGUCGUGUUUGAGGCAUGGGAUAAAUUUGAUCUCAAUCGCUGGCUUCAAAUGCUGGCUUCGGUGACUGAGCAUCGUAACUCGAGCGAUGACGAACGGCCGAAGUGUGUUGGUCGGCUGACUUCGCCGACUUUCGCUAGGAAGAAAAUCCACCGUCGAACUAAGAGCGAGGAUAUACGAGAGGAUGAGAAAGACGCUACGACAACCGCACGACGGUACACGAAACCAAAAGAUGGAUCCACGAGUUCUGUCGACAGGCUAAUGAGCGGGUAUUUACAGGAGGUGCGCGAAGCACACGGAGCUCGCACUCUUCUGCGGCGCUGGUGCGUGGCAACCAGUGAGAAAUUUAUCGUUUAUGAUAACCAAAACUCGAAGAAGGCUUCGUUUGAGUGGGAUCUGUCAGAUAUGGAACUCCACGAUCAGAGCGAUUUGGACGCUGGAGUGUUUGGUUUCUGUGUAAUUCUCGAUGAAAAGAAACUUUGUUUUAAAGUCAUCGACGAAGACUCGGCUCGCCAUUGGUUGAGUGUUUUAGCGCGAUAUUGUCAAACUGUUCCUGCGAACCAACCUAUAAUUAAAUCUCCAAGAAAGUGGAAGUCGGUUAAUAAAGAAGACAGAAGGCGUUCCUCUAGCGAUAACGAUUUAAAAACCGCAAAGAAAACCGAGAAAGAAUCCAAUGUUCUUGAAGUUCUAAGUGAAGGCAGGGCGAGCGGGCGAAAGCUAGUACGAAGAGCAACCGAAGAUUCUUCGUUCCUGCGCAAAUUUCAUCGCUCGGAGACGUUCAAAGCGCCGUGGCGGGUGUCCUCGGAGAAAAUAGAGGUGAAGAUGCGAGAGAGACCGGGACGGGCCGCUGCGAACAAGGCCUGGAAACGAUACUCUUGUGGUAGUCUUUUUGACAGCGAAGGAAAAUACAGCGGCUAUCUGAUGGAGAUUGUCACCAGUGACCUGUACAGUAGUCAAGUGCGACGAUGGUGUUUACAGAAAGACGAUUACCUCUUUGUGUAUGACAACGAAGCUACGGAGCACGCCAUCAAAGUGAUUCCUCUGUUUGAUGCCAAAGUAGUGGACACCAGUAACUAUGACGCCUGUGUUUAUCGAUUUAGAAUCGAUUAUGGUGAGAGUAAGUCUGUGUUUUUUCGGGCGCUUACACGAAGUGAUUUGGAGAAAUGGACGACCAUCAUCUCAGUGAAAACCGCUGUGUUGCAAGACCGUAGCGAGCGGCGGCUCAGACGUAGCCGAACCUUGAGCCUGGAGAUCAGUUCUCAUGAUGUAACAGGUAGCGUAACGAUAGUACGAUUUUAAAUUCCGUAAAUCGUUUCUUUUCCGUGAAGAAAUUUGACCUCCUCUAUCGAGCCCCUACUCAAUAAAGCCUAAUUUGAAAUAGCGCUCCAGUGACUUUGUAGAGGGUCUACAAAAAGUUUUAACAUAGUUAAGAAGUUUAAUCAACACAGGAUUUCUUGGGGACCAAUGUACCAAUGUGGGGCUUAAGCAAAGACGUUUUUGAGUACGCACGUCAAGCGGAAGUGGUCUUUUUCCAUUCUUGGGCUUUGGUUUUGACCAAUUUUUCGGUUAAAUCGCUUGUUUAAGGAACGCCUCACUUCCGAUUUACGUACGUCACUCAAAACCCCCUUUGCUUAAGCGCCCUGUUAUAGCCGCUGCGACGUCAUGUGAGCAUGAUCAAUUUGAGAGAUCACAUUUUUCUGUGACUGAAGGUCUGUCUAGGGUUACAGGGAAGCAAAUAAGCCAGGCUAUUUUGUGAAAGCAACUCCGGAGGAUGACAUUUUGUAUCAAGGGGUUUUCAUCUAUUUUUUUGUUCUAUGUGCUUUGCAGUAUCCAGUGAAAGUGACGUAACCUCUCCAGAUCUUCAAAACCCCAAGAAUCUAACCAUCGACUCCCCCUCUUUACAAGAAACAGCGUCUCUCUGGUCUUCAGACAGCGUAUUUAUGCGAGGAAUCAGUUCAGAGGAAGGCGCCAGAACUUCUGUUUCAUCAGACGUAAAGCCAGUUGAUCCGAUAGAUAAAUCCAGUUUCUCCGGUUUUGAACCGAAAGACGAGCAUUCGACUUCUGUUCAUUUCGAAGAUAAAGCCGGUUUAUCAGGCUCAAAUCCACCUGGUCCAUUGGAUGAAUCCAGUUUCUCUUCUUUAGAUCUGAAAGAUGAACAUUCGGCUCCGGUCUUUCUCGAAGAUGACUCUGGUUUCUCGAACGUAAAACCAGUUGAUGAAGAUGACUUGAGUUCAUCUGCUGUGGAACCGAGUCACGAUCAUUCGGCUCCUGUUCAUCUCGAAGGUGACUUCAGAGACCGAACGUUCUCGGAAACGGGAAAUUCGGAUAGCAAUUAUAAACGGGUGAAUAGACUUUCGAGCAUCGAGGACUUGAGUCACAUUUACGAGAAUUUCCUUGCAUUUGCAUCAACGAUGGCUGAAAGGAGCCCUGAGUUUCAACAACAACUCUAUCAUGUUUACGAGAAUGUCACACAGGCGUUUGACUUUCGAUCUCAAGAUAGCUUGCAUAAGAAAGAAGAUCUUGUGGAGGAAAAGGCCAGCUGUUCAGUCGGUCAAGAGACCAAUGUGGAAAAGGAACUUGGAAGCCCUUCGAUGGAGAUGUCCACGGAAUUUGAGAAAAUCAGUUUGCGGGACAGAGAACGUAAGGAGAAUGAGUAUAUGUACAGACCGUACUCAGGAAUCUGUGGUGAAUCGGAACUUGAGAAACUGGCAGAAAGUUUAGGCGAAGAGGACGAGAAUGAAAUUAAUACUUUGGCCGAAAACAAAAAUGAAAACAGCACUGAAGUUGACCUGCGUGGAGGCAGACUUGCAGGCGAGGCUGAUGAUGUAAAAUCCACCAAUGAAUUACAGUCAGAUGAAGUUGUUUGUAGUACAUCCGCCGAUGUUGUCGAGUCAAGUGGCCAAACACCACUAAGAGAUGAAAACGCUGAAGAGAAGCACGCAGAUGACAAUAACACGGUUCAAAGCGCACCCACGUUGCUUCACGCCGACUGUGUGACUGCCGUUGAAACUGGUUCCAGCUCAUUUUAUCUCGUUCAAGAAGUAAACGAGCAGAUUUGGAGUGGAGUGGCAAGCAGAGUGCCUAGUGAAUCCGUUGUCGAGACCAGCAUGCAGAUCUCAGCUACCGCUGAGUCGGCUACUGAUCAGGAGACUUCGGCUUCACUCGUCGGCGAGUCUCCUGUGGAGAAUGUUGCCGAAGAAGUAGCGGAGAGGGGUGUUGUUAUCCAAGGACCCAUUGACGAUUCCCAAGAUGAUGAAGAGAAUUUCAGUGCUCCUGAAAAGAAGGGCUCGAUGGAAGAGACUGCUUUUAGUGAUAUCCAACAUCUAAGCGAAGAUACUGCGUUGUCAGAAGAAAACCGUUUUACAAUCAGAACCAAUGAAAUAGAAGAAUCUUCGUUGCAAUUAUCUUGCUUUAAAAACAAUGACAGCGAUUCUGAUGUAAUCAAGGAGGCUCAAACUAGUAACCUCACCCCCUCAUCUGGCAACAGUUGUCUAAAAUGCGGAUCAAUUCAAAAUGUUUCCAUUGCCGGUUCGUUUGUCACAUCAACACCGCUUGAAUCUAAAUGUUCCAUGGAAGUGCACUCUAAACAGAAUAUUUUGUCAACAGUCUGUGCUUGUGAACAAGCGCAGUCGUGGGAUGAAGCUACGCUGCAAGUGGAGGAAAUCGCGUCCGUCCCAAGGCAAGAUCCAGGGCUUGAAAUUGCCUCGACUUCUGCCUGUGAUAAUCGUGAUACUGUCGUCACCGAAAUAUCUAACGAACCCAAACGGAAAGAAACUGUUCAGGACACACCUCAAUUAAGGCACCCUUCUUCCAAAAGUAAUGGGGAAAGUUCCAGUCAAGAAACCGUGAUUUGUGAUGCAGAAACUACAAAUCAAGCGAAAAACACAACGUAUAAAACCUACAGAGGAGACUCGUGUGAACAGUCUGAUAAAAUGCCAUCCAACUUAGCUAGGUCCUGUGUCUCCGAUUCUACCACUUACUUGGACUCAUCAAGUGACUUUCGAGAAAACGUUGAUGUUCUUAAAAAGUCUCCAGAACGGGACACGGAUUGUUCUACUAAGUCUUCGUCAGACGAGGAGUUUGCCACGCCAGAGGAUACGAUAGACUUUUCUGGGAGAAACAAUGAGCAUGACUGGACAAGUAUAACUCAAGAUAGCCGCGGGACAACUUCAACCGAACCCGUGGAGUCAAUCGGGACCAAUCGGGAUCAUUCGAGUAAGUCUUCAGAAGGACCAUGCGAUGGCCACCUCCUCCCUGCCACAGAUCCAGAAUCAGACAGUAAGACGUCUCUAAGCGUCUCCUCGGACAGUUGCAAAGUCAACGCAAACUUGGAGGACAAGCAGGAUCUGACAAGAAGUCAGAUGGAUAUCUUAAAAGCUGUAACAGCUGCGUUUGAGGAAAUUCUUGAACUUCAUGGCGACGAAAACGAUUCAGACGAUACCAAACUAUGAAAGGCUUGUACCAUCUUAGAAUGCUAUUAUAUUAAUGAGCUCUUUGCAACUAAACAGUCACGUGGUGCAAAAAAAAAACCUCGAGGAAAGAAAACGACGCUGUAGGACCUUUAAAAGAAGGAAAGUUCGCUUUUUAAGUGAUUUAAGCUCUUUGUUUUUCUUGCCCCUCUUCAGGUGCUUUUGGUCUAUUUGACUGUUUAGCGGCAAAGGGGCUCAUUUUAUAAUAUACACUAUAUUGCAAUUCACCGCUUUAGAAUCGUUAAAGGGACUGGUUCCGAAAUGUGGCCCCGCAAUUGUUUCUGGGAUGGUUACUGGGGACGCGCUGGUCAGCUAUUGGCCAGUUCUCCCCCUUGCGUAAGUUAACUAGACCCAGUUUCCUUCUCGGAUCUAAAGUUGCGAAUGAUGUUGUCGCCUAUAAAGCGUAAACUAUAAACGAUGAGACCGAAGGGCUUUAUGGGAAGUACUCAUGCAUUUAUGCAUUUGCAUUAUCGUAGGAGAGAACUUUUAGAAAACAUGCACACAGGUUAGUUAUUGCUAAGAACCUAUCUUCAACGAAAGCCUCUUUAGAACUUGUGGUAAUUUAUCCCUCCCGCGAUUUUUGCCAGAAAGGACAAUCGAAUUUGCAAUGCUAGCAAACCUAUAUCCAUAAAUCCAUUAGGUCUCAUAGGUUUAGGCUUAUGCUUUUCAUGUGACAAAGACUUUCUAGACGAGUGCAGAGAAAGUCCAAAUCCGCCUUUACGUGUCAAAGAUAAGUUGACAGAGUUUGGUCACACCGAAUGGUAGUAAGCGUUUUCAAAUCGAAAAACUCAACCUUUUUUCCAGUCGUUAGUUGAAUGUUUUCUUAGAAAAAUACUUCUCCGCGUCGUUUAUUUGAAUUUUCACCGUUGUCAACUUCAUCCACAGACUUGAAUUAAAAUUAUCAAUCCAGCAUGAUAAACUCUGCAAAGAAAACAAAUUACUGUAGAGUAGCUUUCCUGCUUGGAAUGUGAGUCACACUUCAGGAUUUCACUUAGACUCAAAAAGUCGCUACAACCUUGUACAGCACAGUAACCAAAACAACGCGAAAGAAGCGGUCAGUAGCUUUCACUGGAUUGUUCGCUGCCAUUCAAAGAUUCAAAAUCACACUGCGCAACUCGAAAUUACAUCCGGAAAUAUAAGGGAUACGUUCUUAGUCAAUUAAGAUACUAUUUGCUUGCUUUAAAAAGACUUUGAAGUAUUGUUGGCUUGUUGCCCUACUUCACGUCAUGUGUCCUUCUUAAGAGAAAUUUUCCUUGUCUUUAUUGGCCAUUUAGAAUUACGUUUGGAACUGAGUUGGUGUUUCGUUUCGAAUUGAACCAUGAGACUUAUUUUGGGUGCGGUUUUCUGAGCACCAAGCGUAGGGCUCGUACGCGUCAUAAAAAACGUGGAAGGUCAUGAAAUUUAAGAAUUUCAUUUUCCAGGCCUGAACAGCAGUGGAAAUUAAGUGUCGGUCAUGGAGAAGAGAAGUUAUCUUUGACCUUUAGAUGUCAAAGUAAGAUGGAAACAAGUAAUAAGCCAUUCCCGAGUUACCCAAAGCCUCUGUUCGAAAGCGAGGCUUAAGUGCGAAGUCAUUGAUAUGAAAACUUUUUUUCACAAAAAAGGUUUUGCACUAAGACUCGUUUUCGAAGUGAGAGUUUUUGGAACUCAUAAAUGGCUUAUUAAUAGCGUGAACGGCAUGCAUUUUGGUGGACACCAGAGUAUGUGUCUGUUUGUGUCUGAGUUAAAUACACAAAUCAACAAAAACAACAAUGGUUUUGAACAUUUUCGAAAGUGACCGCUUAACCUAAGGUCAUGGAAAACUGGAAAAGUUCAUGGAAAAAGUCAUGGAACUUGAAAAGCCCAAACGAAUAUCAACCCUUGCGAAAUAAACGCCAAAAAAGGCGAUAGCGUCCCCAAAAAGAUCCCAUGGUGCUAUUCGAAACAACACCGACCUAUGCCUGACUCCUUUGCUCGAAAAAGGCCAAUAAAUGAAUGCAUCUAUACGUGAAUUUGAUUACUUUUGAAAGAAAAACAGUUCUUUAGACUUACACCAUGUAUUCUGAAUAGAACAGCAAGCAAACCAAAGGUCUAUUGUUCAUGGUGCAAACAACAUUUUUUUCGUAAGAGGUAAGAUGAAUUCGUGCGCCUAUCCCUCACACAGAUCCCCUCGAAAUGUGGGUUGGGGAUCGUUGUAUAUAAACAGGUUUUGCAUUAUUCUUUCGCAUUUGUUCUAGCGGUUUACCUUGAAGUCUCACAAUCACUUGAAAAACGGGUCCUAGGUGUGAUUGUGACACUCGGAUAGUCCGUGCUCCCAUGGUUAGGGAAAUGUUGUCUUACGCUAAACUUAAUAAGUGCAAACGAGCUUUUGGAAUUAUAGGAUUGUUACACAUUAUUGCCAUAUAGUACAUGUUAUUCAAUUCUACGCUUCAAGGGCUGAUUUAAAGUUAUCAUAUUUUGUCACAUUUGAUCAAACACGCUACUUUAUGGGCAACUACGUUGGUCACAUAAAAUUUGGGGCGAUUUGUUCAUGAGCAAACAAAAACUGUUAAUCAAAUUUAUCGUCACGGUAGUGGCUGAAAAUGAAGGCUGAUGAGGGUCUUGUAAAUAUUCAAGACGUUUAUCGAUUUGAAAAGUAGUUGACUAUUGUUUAAUGGGUAUUUAUAAGCUCUUUGAGGCCUCCUUCGUAGCCACAGUCAGAAGCAACUAAUAGUGUGGUUAAAAGACCACAUGAUAUAGUUAGGCAAGGUACUCGAGCAUAUAUUUUAUUUACCGAAGGAUAUACGCCGCAAUCCCCCAAUCCAAUUUUGAAAUGAAAUUGUCACGCGUCAUAAUUGGUCACGCAAGUAUGACUGAAUCGUUAUACUCGUGAAGUGAUUGUUGAACAUAAUAUGAAAAUGACUACUUGGAUCAAUGUUUAAGUUAAAAAUUUAUGGAAAAAAAUUGCUGCUAAUUAGGAAUAUGAGAAAAGUGGCAUUGUAUGGCCACUAUCGUUCGAAACUUGAAAAAAAUUAUAUUAAGAAACGUAUUAAUUUAAUUUAAGAGAGUAUAGUCUAGUUUAUUUAAGAGUUAAAGUACGAGUGCCGCCUAACACGUCAGGAAGGCACGCAUACUUUCAUCGUUGGAAUGUACGUUAGAAGAUCUACGGGUUUCUCGUUCAUCCUUGUUUGAACAUUUAAUCGCAACGAGUAAACUAUUCUCGUAUCAGGCAUCUUCAAUCGCUUUGGUCACUGGUUCUUUCAUGCAAAUUUGGAGUAACCAUGACAACCCGCUGAUGUAAUAUACCGCUGUACAGUUAGAAUUUGUUUGAAAUCAUUUCAUAGAAACAUUACCUGGAUGUCCAUCACAGACAAUAAAAGAUAUAAAUGAAUGAUUGUGUGGCUAAAUUAUCUAUUGAUUUAAUGACUA